GGUGGGCGUGUCCUAACGAACCCGAGGUUCAUUCAUAACUACGCUCAGCUUUAGGAGGAAAAUUAAAGGCACCCAGUGAAGAGACGCAUGAAUCCCAACUAGGAAGUGCACACUCUCGCCAGGACCAUGAGCGAUGAGCUGCCUCUGCUGACCACCCUCACAGAGAACGCCACUGAUGUGCCAGUGGCAUCAGCCAGGCCAGAUAACUAUGUGCUGCUGUUGGUGAUGCUGUGUGUUUUCGCUGGAGGAACGCUGGUUCUGCUGUCUGCUCUCCUCAUCUUCUGCCAUCGCUGCUGUCAGAGUGGACGCCGUUACUCGAGGGCCAGCGAUGACUUGGAGAAAACCAACACCACAUAUGUGGAAGAGAGUCAACCUACUCAAGACAUCACCAUUAGGAUGGAAAGCACAGACACACUCUCCACCUCCAGCUGUCACGGCGAAGAGAACACAGAACGCUUCCAGUCCUCUGUGUACACAGGCCGGCGGGUCUCCUUCAAUGAGACGGCCAUCUACGAGCAGAGCAAGAAGAACCAGGAGAAAGGCCGAAGGUAUACUCUUACAGAGGGUGAUUUCCAUCACUUGAAGAAGGCUCGUCUAACCCACUUGCACAUUGCGCCUCAAGCACUGAACAUCCUGACCAUCAUGGAGUGUGACUCACCUGAGAACAGCAUCAACCUGCAAGAACAUCGGCAGCACAAACCAUCCCUAUCCAUAUUUCAGCUUGGUGAGGGCACCCUGCCUGAAUCCCAAGUGCCCUGGAGUAGCCAGAGCCCAAGCUGUGCACUGCCUGGAGAUACACUAAACUCUAUUCUGGACACCAGCUUUAUUUCCAGCACUACCGAAGGAAGCUCUGAACCACCUCGAUCUAGGACCAUUGAGGCAAUGGGAAGUGCUGGAUUAAAAAUGGAAGGCGACCCUGAAUCCUCCCAAGUAGCAGGAGCAUGUGGACCAUCUGGAGGAGGAGGAGGAGGAGGAGGAGGAGGAGGAGCUGGUGCAUCUUCAGGGCAGGGCACCAUGCUGCACUUCCUGUCCCGACUCAGGCGGCAUGCGAGUCUGGAGGGAGCCAGCCCCUAUUUCACCAUCAAAAAGUGGAAGCUAGACAGCAGUAACAGAGCAGCCAGUCUGGACAUGAGAGGUUCUCCGCGGAGGCGAGCAUUUCAAAGACAGAGAGCAGCAAGUGAGACUCUGGAACAGGGGGGGGAGGACUUCCAGCAGCCGGGAGCAGGUGGAGGAAGUGAUUUUUUGUUGCGUGUCAAAUCCUCUCAGUCACAAGCUGACCCCCCAAGACGACUCUCUGCUGGCUCUUUGGAGUCGUCGACUACAGGCUGUCCACCCCCAACAGGCCCACUCAGGAGGUUAGAAGUAAAGGCUGUUUUGGAAGUAAAUCUAAGAGCUGAAGACAACAGGACUCAAACAGCCCACAAGUUACCAGAAUCCAUCGGGUCUCAAGCGGAGGAAGAAGUAGAGGAGAAUGGAGCUAAUGGAGGGAUUAUACUAGGAGCAGUAGGAGGAGAAGGAACUAGUGCUGAAGGAGCAUCUGAAUUUGGUUUAGUCAACAGACAGGAAAGCCUGGAGCAGCCCAACAUGUACCGGGACAUCUGGAGCCUACGAGCAUCACUGGAACAGUAUGCUUCCUCUGACCUGAGCAGCAAUGACAGAGACUCCACACGCAGUGAUGCUGACAGUGUCUGUUCAUUAGGGGGCCUUGGUGCCUCCAGAACAGGUAUACCCAGUUACCAAUCGCAAGACAUAGAUGAUGAGAUUGAUGGGGAUGGUGAGCUUCCGUAUGAUGAUGUGGUCAGAGAGGUUAGCGGCAGAAGGAAUGGCAGGGAGAGUGUGGAUUCAGAGAGAGGCAGUGACAGUGAGGCUGGAAGCAGGAAGCUUCUGCAAAUGGACAGCGGCUAUGCUUCCAUUGAAGCUCCAUGCAAAGCACCAGAGGAUCUACGACUUUUUGGAGGCACGUCUGGUAAGACAGCAUCAGAACGGCGCCGGUUCUUUACAAAUGCUGGCCGCAAGGGGACGGUGUGUGAGAGUUUUGAGACUCGACUGUUCAAGGAGGAGCUGGAGGAUGAAGCUUCAGAAACCAGCAUUAGCACAGAGCCAGAUUGUCCCAGUACCAUAUCCCAGGGGGAACCGAGCGUCUCACUCAGAGACACACCAGAAGUGCAGGCAGAAACCAAACCCAGGCCGCGCUUUCGUCGCAGAGACUACAGCAUCGAUGAGAAGACCGAGGCCCUGUUUAAUGAAUUCUUGCGUCAUGAUCCACAGUUCGACCAGCAGGGUUCACCUUCUCUACGGCACAGACAUCGCUCACGGAUCCACCUGCGCAAGCAGUGGCAACGCACCAAGCAGUACAGUGAUCCCGGAGCUGCUCGCUACUCACCAUCCCUGGAGAGACAGCGCAGUUACGCACUGCGGAGAGGAGACAGCGCCAACUACCCAUUGGACACACGGUACCACAGCACCCUACCACGCAUUGCUAGUGCUGCAGAUGAGGAGGCCAGUGAGGGAGCAGCCAGUGAAGGCACUGAAUCACCCAAAACACAGGGCUCUGGUCCAGCUCCUGAAGACAACUCCAAUAACAGCAGUAACAACAGUAGUCCUGUGGUAAAGUCACAGGAGGAUUGUCCCACCUUGCUGUUUUCCACCCCCUCAAUGGACAGCACCGUGGUGGACUCUGGGAUACUGAAGGAUUGUGGGAGUGCUGGGCAUCCCACAGAGAUACAUAGAUGGUCGGUUAUGGACCCCAGUUCUGUAAAGACAAGUAAUAGCCAAUGGAACACAGGCAUUCACAUUCCAGAGAACAGAUAUAACAUGGAUAAGGACCCUAUGAACAAAGGCUACAUGCAUAGUGUAGUGGCACCCAGUCCAUCAGAUAAACUGGUGAGCAAUAUAGAUGAACGACUAUACACCAGCCUGAGGAGGACUCAAGGCAGUCAGGAAUGCAUGGUGAGUGUGACCCGCACCUCCCCAGACCGCAGCCAGGACUAAGAGCAUGAUGAACAGCAGCAUUCAAUGGCUGGCGAAAUCAGGAGGACACCUCAGAGUACAGGAGAGAAUAACAUGAACUUCUGAUGUUACGGCAACCCAAUUACACACUACCACAACCUCAACCAUUUUCAGAUAAAUAAUGCAUGUCCUUUCCUUAUUAUUGCAGUGUUAAGCGGGUUUGCUGCAGUCUCAAACUAGGGAAAUGUCUGAAAACGUAGUAAAAAUCCAUAUGCAGACAAUGAUAUUGAAAAGAUGAGUAUUUUUUCCCCCAUGUAUAGGUCAUGUAUGUUAACACCACUUGCAAAUUGCACUAUGAAAACUAGAUAAACUAGGGUGCUUUGGGAAACAAUUACAAUUACAGGGCAAUUCAGAGUAAUAAACACAAGCAUCAACUGCAUUUUUGUUAAUUACAAAUUAUGAUAAAAGUUUUUUGCUCUCAAAAAAAUUAAAUAAAAUAAAAAUAAUUAGACAGUUACUUCUUCCAGAGGAAGCCCAAACCUAGCACUCCAUUAUUUCCAAUCACAGCUUUCAUAUAAUGCUGAUUCAUAAUCCUCUUUCCUCAUUCAUGCCUGAGAUUAAAGCACUUCAUCCACAAAAUAUUUCCCCAUUUGAGGAUGAGUUCAAAAAUCAAGUUAAGAGCCAAAUUUGAAACUAGCAGGCAUAUACCCAGAGCUUGUCAACCAACGCUUGCGUUUAGCUUUGUUGAUGCUAAAGGCUGCAUUACAUGGACUGAUCUGCCAUGAUCUUGCGGUUGCAGACAAAAAUCAGAACUUGUGAAAGAUUUCCUUGGGUCCUUGGUAAAAAAAAAAAAAGGUGGUUCUAGAUCACUUAAUACGAUGUACUCACCAGCCAGUUUGUGACGGAUUAACAACAUCUAGCGAAGUGUCAGAAACUUGGGACCAAAAGAAUUGCAAUUGCUGCUAUGAUGUGCAUCUAAAAAGCCACUUACAUUAGAAUGUUUUCACUUAUCGAAUCACGGGACUAUCGUGAGAGAAUCGCAUAAAGUCUUAAUUGAUACGAUUUGACCAAGGAAAAGUAAAACAGCACUUUGGAUUGAAGGGAGCUGAAUUUAUUGUUUCCUACUAUUAAUUCUGCUCAUUUCAUUUUUCAAGUGUCCUUGUUGGUAUGAUAUAAAGUUAACUGGCAUCAAUCCUGGGAGGUGGGCAGGUGGUGUCAGACAUCUUUCAGGGUUCUAAGUAGUCAAAUAAAUAGUUACUUUCCAUUUUAUACCGUAAUAUUAUUUAUUUAUCUUUUUUCAGUCCUAAUUUUAAUAUUUAUUAAUGUCCUAUGAUCUAUAAAGAGAUUUAACACAGCUAAGCAGACAUUAAUCAUGACUAAGGGGAUGGGUAAAUUGCCCAGAGCUUGGAGAGCGUGUGAUAUUGAUUGUCCAGAUCAAAAGAUCUCUGGUAUAAAAAAAUAUCUUUAAAUUGUUAUUUUUGCAACAUUAAAUACAGAGAACUAAAUUACAGUAUUCAAUUCACUGAUGACUGAAUUUACAGAACCAACUCUAAUAAAACGACGGUGUUAUUCCAAACAUCAAAUUACUUUACAAUGGUUUAUAUGACGGAAAACAAGCCUCGGGUUAUUUGGUUUUGAUGAGCAAACAUUAAAAAAAAGAAAAGGAAAGAAAAAAAGAGAAAAGAAUGGUACCAAGCAUCACUGGUCCUUUUUUCAUGAGAAAGGCUGUUGUAUAACAGAUUCGCCCUGGGUCUAACACCUGAAGCAUCUUAAACAGGUCUGUGCAUUGCACAUUAGUCCUUGUGGACAUUAAACUGUCAGAGAUCGAUGACAACCCCAUCUCUCAUUUUCUUUCUCUUGGAACUCUUUGUUCUCAUAUUACAUAUUGAUUAGUAGCAAAGAAAAAAACAGCCCUUAAACAGUAGUGAUGAGACAGACAGAAGAAUGGUUUUGCUACCCGGGGGUUGAUGAUGCAGUGAUCACAACCUUAGAAACUUACAUUAAUUGGACGUGAAGCAGUCACGUCAUAGUUCGUAACAAGAUGUAUUACAUCACACAGCACAUGGCAGACCAAACAUGUUUUUUUUUUUUAGUCGUAGUAAAAAAAAUCUAUACCAAUUCUUUACUUGAGUAAUUGGAGAAGUAAUUUGUAAUAGAUCAUUCAAUUGAAAGUGAAGGACCAUCCACUAUAAAAAUGCUUAAGUACUAAGUUACUUGUAAUAAACUACUUAAGUAAUAUAGGUCAUAUUAAACUUGGAGGUGACCCUAGAUGCAGCAUACAUUUGAAUACAGAGUCAAUGAAUGUGUCUGCAAUAUUUAGUGGAGUCAGAAAUGUAGAGGAAUAAAUAAAAUAAUUUAAAAAAAAUUACAUAAAUGCCCCAAUUAGGUACUGACGCACAGUGGUCAUGUGUACAUGUGCUUCAUUAAUCUGCAUUAGGAUACCCUGUGGGUGCCAUUUAGCCCUUGAAACACUUAAAUUAUACCUUACUUUUAUCAUUGUUCUACAAAAACAUGUAUUUAACCAGACA